UUUUUCCGCUUCUUUCGCGAGUCUGAUUCCUCCCCAUCCUUUUCUUCCCUCCAAACGCAGGAAAUGUUUUUCCGACCGUCAGCGAGAGCCAUGGCCGCACUCUCCUCCUCUUCGUUGUUGCUCCCGCGCUCUAACCCUAACUCUGGUUCCCUGCUGCCCUCUUCCUUCAAUGGCUUGUUCUCCCUCAGGUUGUCAACUCCGAGCUCGCGGUCGCGACUCAUCGUGCGCGCCCUCUCCGUUUCGUCCACGUCUCCCAUCGAGAAGAUCAGAGUUCGGAAUCCCAUCGUCGAAAUGGACGGGGAUGAAAUGACGCGAAUUAUCUGGAGAAUGAUUAAGGACAAGCUUGUAUUUCCCUAUCUAGAUUUGGAUAUUAAAUAUUAUGAUUUAGGAAUUUUGAACCGCGAUGCUACAGAUGAUAAAGUUACGAUUGAAAGUGCUGAAGCUACACUGAAGUAUAAUGUGGCUGUGAAAUGUGCUACAAUUACUCCAGAUGAAGCUAGAGUCAAGGAAUUUGGGCUGAAGUCAAUGUGGAGGAGUCCUAACGGAACGAUUAGGAACAUAUUAAAUGGGACUGUGUUUCGGGAACCUAUUCUGUGCAAAAACAUUCCCAGACUUAUACCUGGUUGGAAGAAGCCUAUUUGCAUUGGUAGGCAUGCUUUUGGGGAUCAAUAUCGUGCAACUGAUAUGGUCAUUAAAGGUCCAGGAAAGCUGAAAAUGGUCUUUGUCCCUGAAAAUGACAAUUCACCAGUGGAGCUUGAUGUUUUCAACUUCAAAGGUGAUGGGAUCGCGAUGGCCAUGUACAACGUUGAUGAGUCUAUUCGAGCUUUUGCUGAGUCAUCAAUGUCAAUGGCAUUUGGAAAGAAAUGGCCCCUUUACUUGAGCACGAAAAAUACAAUCCUAAAAAAAUAUGAUGGCAGGUUCAAAGAUAUCUUUCAGGAGGUAUAUGAAGAAAAAUGGAAAGAGAAGUUUGAGAAAGUAUCAAUAUGGUAUGAGCAUCGGUUAAUUGAUGACAUGGUUGCAUAUGCCUUAAAAAGUGAUGGAGGUUAUGUUUGGGCAUGCAAAAAUUAUGACGGUGAUGUUCAGAGUGACUUUCUUGCCCAAGGUUUUGGCUCUCUGGGCCUAAUGACAUCAGUGUUGCUAUCUUCUGAUGGGAAGACGUUGGAGGCUGAGGCUGCUCAUGGGACAGUGACCCGACAUUAUCGUCAGCACCAGAAGGGGCAUGAAACUAGUACAAACAGCAUUGCCUCCAUAUUUGCUUGGACCCGCGGACUUGAGCACAGGGCAAAGCUCGAUGAGGAUGGCAAGCUGUUGGACUUUGUCCACAAGCUGGAAGCAGCAUGCGUUGACACAGUAGAAUCUGGAAAGAUGACAAAGGAUCUUGCCAUACUAAUUCAUGGCCCUAAGGUAUCGAGGGACUUGUAUUUGAGCACGGAAGAAUUCAUUGAUGCAGUUGCAUCUAAUCUUCAGUCAAGGAUACGGUAGUCAUUUUUGGUACCUCAAAAUGCAACCAAGGUUAAAUUCAGCAGCAGCAUAGGCCUCAAGCCUUUCCAGUUUUGGGAUAUAAUGUCAAGUGUAUGAUUUAUUUCCGCAAUCUAGGCACAGAAUGAUGUGUCUCUUUUGCUGCCGAAGGCAUACUUCCAAUAAGUUUUGUGGAUAUUUGGUUCAGUUGACUCUAAUCUUUGUUUUGCUUCUGGGCUCAGUUAUUUGGUAUUGAAGAA